CUAAUCAACAACCUUGUCCAGUUGAAGAGAAUCAACAUUUACUAGUCUCUCUCUUGUUUCUUCAAUCAAAUCAUGAGGUCAACUUUUCAUGAUUUGUUGGUGUCAAUUACCAACUGAAUUGUAAUUGUGUUCAUUUUAAAUUCGUUUCAUCCUUUCUUUUGGUCGUCCGAUGUUAAUUUGAUCUUCAUUCGCCUGGUAUGGACCUGAUAGUUGACCUGCUGAAUCUCCUGGAUGGUCUUUAACCUGUUGAUUUCUUAUUAUUCAUAGUAUAACAAGACCAAAAUUCAUAAGUCAAUAGUUUCUGGUUUCAAUAUUCUCUUACUUUGUCUCUUCUUCUUAUAUUCUGGUUUGAAUAUUGUUUAUUAUGGAAUUGGAACUGAAAACAUCAUCAAAUCAACAAAUUCAGAAUGAACAACAACAGACCAGCAUCAUUAGAACCUUGUCUUCUUCCUACAAUAAUGAUAAACAAAGUAGUCAACCUCUUGAUGGUUUAAUUGACGAUCAGAAGGAUUAUCGGGAAUUUGUUUGUGGUUAUGGUGCAGCUUUUAUCAAUAUUUGUUUCACUUUUCCGAUCAACAAGGUGAUGUUUCGUCAAAUGGCCUAUGGAAUUAAAACUAAUUACGCUUUAUCUCAAAUGAGGAAAGAGGGUUUAUAUCAAUUGUAUCGAGGUCUUUUACCACCGCUGCUUCAGAAAACUGCAAGUGUAUCUCUUAUGUUUGGAACAUUCAGCCAAUUCCAAAAUCUACUCGAUACUCAUUUCGAUCUAUUCACAUCUCAUCCCAAUCUUAAGUUAACAGUCUCAGCGCUACUUGCCGGAUGCACGGAAGCCGUUCUUACGCCCUUCGAGAGAGUUCAAACCUUGUUACAAGAUUACAAAUACAAUCACCAGUUUCACAACACUUUCCAUGCAUUCAAAGAGCUACGUAAAUAUGGUAUCAGGGAAUAUUAUCGAGGAUUAGCACCAAUUUUAAUUCGAAAUGGACCAUCUAAUGUUCUAUUUUUCAGUUUCCGAGGGAAAGUGAAAGACGUUCUUCCCUCGCCCGAUGGUUGGUGGUCCGAACUGGUCACAAAUUUUAUAUCCGGCGCUCUAAUCGGUGCCUUGAUUAGUACCCUUUUCUAUCCCGUUAAUGUGAUCAAAACAAAAGUGCAAACCCAAACCGGUGGAAGUAAAUUCUUAACAAUUUCCAGUGCCAUAAAGUUAGUUUACGAAGAGAGACAACGAAGUAUAACCAAAAUCUAUUAUGGUGCUCACCUUAAUUUCACCAGAUCUUUCAUCUCAUGGGGAAUAAUUAAUGCUUCUUAUGAGAUGCUCAGGAAACUAAUGUACUGUUAACACCAUCGAGUAUCAAACGUUUUCCUCACCAAACUGAGAUGACAUUUUUAUCCAAUGACACUGAUUCUUCAUCAAUAUAAAUCACAAAUCUUUUCUUUAUUUGGUUUCAUCUUCUUCUGCUUCCUCUUCCUCAUCAUCUUUGCCACCUCUCUAUCUACCCCACCAGUGGAUUAUAAUGAGAUUAUCUUAGAUAAUUAACUAAACCAGUUUAGAUAUAUAAAAAUAUAGAGUAUCAGCCGUGAAAAAAGCAAAAUACAAAUUAAUGUCCCGUUGAAAUUAAAUUUAAUCGCAAGUUCAAAUUAUUAAUACAAUUUAAUUUUUUGUUCAACACAAAAUAAUAUUAUUACCCUGUAUCAUUAUCAUUAUAAUUAUUAUGUAAAUUCCCUGAAUUGUAAAAAAACACCCGAUACAGUUAAAAAUUGCAAAACCUAAUCAACCAAAAAACAUGCAACAUUUGAAUAUAUUAACAAAUAAUAUAUAUAAAUUGAUAAACUUCA